AUGUCUGCCAAGGGAGUGAAAGUUGAUUCACCACACAACACCACAUACAACAUCACUUUCCCCGGCAACAGCAGCAACAGCAUCCCUAACCUGGAACCACCUCUGUACGUCUACAUUUACGUCACCACAAUCAAUGUACUCGUGUUCUUCGUUGGAAUUAUCGGCAAUGCUUUGGUUAUUCAGGUUGUUGCCACAGUCCGGUCGAUGAGGAAGCGGAUGAACUACUUUCUGGUGAGCCUGAGUGUUGCAGAUCUGAUGGUUCUGUUGGUGGGGCUUCCGACAGCUCUGCAUGAGUUUUACGGCAAGGAGAAGUGGUAUCUAGGGGAGGCCAUGU